GACAGCAACGGGAAGGAAAAUUGAUGCACACUUCCCAAAGAUGAACCCCGGGCAGCUAGUGCUCUCCGGGCCUCAUGCCUGAAAGGAAGAGCCACCGGAGAAGUUCCGGUACCAUCUGGGGCAGAAGAAGCUGCCAUGGAAGAGCCUGCAGCUCCCUCUGAACCCUCUGGGGCAGCCAGGGCCCCUGUGGGUGCCGUGGCAGCAGGGGAGGGUGCAGCUGGGCCCAGUGUCCCCGUGCGCCCGGCCUCCCGGCAGCCUGUGGCUCCAAGCCCAGCCCUCCUCCGAACGUCACGUCGGAGGCCUGCCCAGGCCUCAGGGGGAGGGGCUGGGCCCAGCUGGCUGCCUAGCCGGAGCACCGGCAGCUGGACAAAGCAAAUCACCUGCAGGUAUUAUCUGCAUGGGAUGUGCAAGGAGGGGGAGAACUGUCGCUACUCCCACGACCUCUCAGGCCGGCAGAUGGCCAGGGAGAGCCGCAGUUCAUCGCCUCAGGCCUCUACAGACCGAGGUGCCAGUACGGCUGCGCACGUUGAGACCCUGCCUCAGGAAGUAGCGGAAGCCCCCCCUGCUGCGUCCUCACGCUCCUUGCCUGUGAUUGGCUCAGCUGCUGAAAGGGGUUUCUUUGAAGCGGCCAGAUACAAUGUAGGCCUGGAAGCUGCAGGAGGAGCAGGUGCAGAAGGCUGGGCAGAUGCCGUUGAGUUUGUUCCCGGGCAACCCUACUGGGGCCGCAGCACCUUUACUGUUCCCGAGGCUCAUCUGCAGAGCCUAGUGACUGCGAGGGAGCAGAUUGCUGUGGGCGUCGGGGAGCAGCUUUGCCGCGAUGCUGCCAUGGGGCGGUGCUUUCGUGGGGAGAGCUGUAUGUAUCAACAUGGAGAGAUAUGCGAUAUGUGUGGGCUGCAGGUCUUACACCCGGUGGAUGCUGUCCAGAGGGAAGAGCACAUAAGGGCCUGUGUUGAAGCACAUGAGAAGGAUAUGGAACUCUCGUUUGCUGUGCAGCGCAGUAUGGACAAAGUGUGUGGCAUCUGCAUGGAGGUUGUCUAUGACAGAGUCAACCCCAGUGACCGCCGCUUUGGCAUCCUCUCCAACUGCAACCAUGCCUACUGUCUUAGGUGUAUCCGCAGGUGGAGGAGUGCCAGACACUUUGGGAGCAGGCUGGUCAAAUCCUGCCCACAGUGCAGGGUCACCUCCAACUUUGUCAUACCCAGUGAGUUCUGGGUGGAGGAAGAAGAAGAGAAGCAGAAACUUAUUCAGCAGUACAAGGAGGCAAUGAGCAACAAGACCUGCAGGUAUUUUGCUCAAAGUGGGGGUUUUUGCCCAUUUGGAGAGAACUGCUUUUACAAGCAUGCAGACCCUGAGGGCCUGGGAGAGGAGCCUGUGCAGGUGGGAGAGGGCAACAUGCCCUUUAAACGCUGUAAAAAAGAGCUUGUCAUGCUUCGGCUGGCCAAUCUGUUGUUUAAGUGUUUUCUUUCAGUGGGAGACAAUGAGCUCCCCUUCUUGGAGGACCAGUGGGACUUGCUUCAUUAUGAGCUAGAAAAAAUAUUUAAAUUUGAGUCUGUAGCAUUAUGCUGUGGCAUGUGGUCUAGUGUGCUGAGGCUCUGUCAUCCGCUAUUGCCUGUUUUCUGUUUAUAGACACAUCUGUCACUUACAGGAGCCGUUGAAGUCAUUUCCAUUGAGCAUCCAUCACUGUUUUCUUGCCCAUCCUCAUUUGUUUCCUGCUACGAUUAUGGUGUCUCACUGUGUUAAAAAGUAAUAGAAAGUCCUUAAUGUUAUUGUUUGGUGAAAUUAAUAUUACUGUCAGUUUAUGGUUUAUUUUGUCAUCUCUGUUUUCAACAGGAUUGACUCAGUUCUAGUCUAGUGUUUACAGAAUUUCCACACUCAUUUUGAAGUCCCUCAAGAAUAAAUGUGACAGGGUGAAGGGAGAAGUCUUAACUGAACAAGGAGCUUUUUGCUACUACAGCCUUAAGAAAUGGACCCUGGCGGGGCCUUGUGGUGCAGCUGCUCAUCUCUUGUUGUUUACAUGUUGUUCCUUCCCUCAUUCCCCUUAAAGUGCACUCUUUAACUUGUGGUUACCUUGUGGUUUUGUGUUUUGCUUGACCAGAACCAGGUGCAUAUGUUUACAUGUUUUUAUCCUGUUUAGCUUGAUGUGAAAUUAUUUAUAUUUGGAAGCAUAUAUUUAAGAAUUAUAUAUAUAAAGAGAGAGAUGCAUAUAAACGUGUAUAAAAGUUAUGUAUUUGAAAAUAUAUAUAUAAAAGAUAUACACCAUCCUAUGAUAUAAUGUUUAUGUAAUAAAGUAAAUACAGAGCUGAAAGCUGAAGGUCAGAUGCUAGUAGGACUCACUGUUGUGUGUGUGUGAGGUGUGUGAAUAAUCUUUCUGUCCCUUUCACAGGCUUCAGUGUUUAGCAUCUAAUGAAAACAGCUAUUCAAGUGGCUGUGGUCAAAUGUGGCAGACACAGAUCUUAAACGACUUACAAAGUAUGAUAUUGGUAAUUCCUAUGAUGGCAUUAAUAGCUCACUCUGCUAUUAUAAAUACAGAAGUGUGUGUUCCUGUGCAUUUUAGCACCAUCUUAUUAUUUCUUAUAACAGUACAAUCCUGGACUCAGACACACAGUUCUUUGUAUCCAAUAUUUUUUAUUAUCUAUAGACAUUCCAAACAAAGGAUUUUGACAAAAAUUUCAAUGUAUAAAUGACAAGAUUAUAAAAGAGAAAACGAAAUAAUAAAAAUAUUGAAACCAGUCUGAAUGCAACAAUGGAAAAAUUUAAAGUGGAAUAUAGAAAGGAAUAAAACUAAAUAUCAUAGUAAUAUGUAAAGUUUAUAACACAAAUACACCAUAAUUAAAUGAAAAGUGUUUAAAAACUAAAAGCUAAACAUUAUCAGACCUGAUUAAAAUUAAAAUGAAACUGUAUGCUCUUUAACAUACACAUGUACAAUAUAAGAAUACAGAAACAUUAAAAAUAAGAAGAUGAAAAAAUCAAACAGGUGCUUUGACCUUUUGUCAUAGGCAAAGUUCAUAUUAAAGAAAAACACAUUACUGAACAUAAAUAAGGAUGGUAUAUAAACAAACUAUAAUUUACUGGGAAGAAAACUAUUCCAAUUUUGUGUUCAUUUAAUAACAUAGCAUCAGAUACACACAGAAUUGAGAGUAGAAAAAUAGAAAAUCUUAGUGGACAAUUUUAAUACAUCUUUUCAGUAACUGAAGAAGCAAAGAAAGAAAGACUGUAUGUUGAACAGCAAAAUUUUAACAUUCUACCUUAUUGAUCAGUAUAAAAUGCUGUAUGCAUCAACUGCAGAAUGCUCUUGGCUAAGAUAGCUGAAAAUAUUGUGGGGGGCCGGAGUCCCGGGAAAUUCAGACUGGCCUGACUAUCCAACAAAGACAGGGCACAUUCACAGGUUUUAGACCAUUUACUAAGCACUCUCCAAAGCACCAAUUUAAUUCUCAGAACCACCUUAUGAGGUAUGUGGUAUGAUUUUUCUCAUUAUCCCAAUGAGGUAAAUAAGGUAGAGAGAUUAAAUUACCUGCCCAUGUAGCUAUGACCCAUAUGUAUAAACUAGUGGAAGAGUGAAUGGAACUCAGGUAGUGUAUUUCCAGAGCACAGGCACUAUGCUGCCUCUUCACCCACAUAUGUGACCAGGAGUGGGUGGACCAGCUGAAUAUAGCUACUGGAAGCACAUGUGAAAUCUUUAGGUUCAGCUAAGUGGGACAAAAUGGGCACAAAUAAGCUCCUACUAAAUGUGGGAGGCUUGGGGCUUUAGCUGUGCCAGACUCAGUAUUUCUUAGCCCACUGCUAAGGAUAUGCCAUCUAUAUUUUACACUCCCUACCUUCUGAUAUGAUUCCUGAUUCUAUGGGUAACUAUCUCAGCCUGUUUCACUAGAUUCUUUACCAUAUUCCUUCCCUCUUGCUUUCUCUUAUUCAAAGAAUUCACCAAUUGGAGCCCAUAGAUGGCUGGGUAUUACUGGCAUGUAGGGUGAGUGAUUCAAAAUGAAAUACAAACAUUCUCCCACCUCCAAGGCUGCCCUAGUCGUGCAGGGGAAAUAGGGCUUUGAUGACCAACCAACCAAAGAACAGGACCGGAUGAGGCACUCCAGAAGACGGUACUGAUACCAAAGGCUCAGAAGAUAAGCUCUGGGGCCAUCCAGUGGCGGAGCAGUUAAUUGGGCACCUUCUGCUUUGGUGGCCUGGGGUUCGCUGGUUCGGAUCUCUGGUGUGGACACGGCAC